AUGCCGAAGAAUUACGGAUCCAAAUCUCUUGCUUUUCGCACCUUCACCUUCGACAAAAAGGGCGAGGUGCUUUUUACCCACGAUAAGGGCGGUAGGCGAAUGCCGGCCUACGCCGUCUCGAAAUCCCGAUUCUCCAAGCCUCAUGUGAGGGUAGCCCGGAUAGCGGGGAGCAGUUGGCACCCCCAGACAUUCGAUAUUGGCUCCAUCGCCUUCCACUCAUUGUCCUCCAAGAUGGAUAUCAAUCUGCACGGUCACAGCAUGCAGAUGAGGCGAGAUGCCUUGUCCUUUUCUGGACGACACAACUUUGACUGGCCACCCGUUGGGAACCUCGAGUGGAAGGAGAAGAAGUUGGGCAACGAGUUACACCUCCUCGACAGCGGAGAUCGGGUUUUGGCACGAUGCAAAUCCAAGUGGAGCAAGAUUGGAGAAAAGUCGGGCACGAUUGAGAUUCUAGUGCCUGGUGAUGACUACUUUAUCGACAUGGUCGUUGUCACCGGACUAGCAAAGUGGAAGUACCAGAAAAAGGAGCACGCGGCGGCUUCGGGUGGAGCAGACGCAGCGGCUGCUGUGGCCACCGCUUGA